AUGUCGGGAAAGUUUAAGCGCUCGCAGCGGCAUCAACGAUGGAACGAGGAGGGAACAUCCUGGAGUAAUGUUUAUUUAAAAGAAAUAUCGGCUGUGGAGGCUGAUGCCGCCGCACCGGCGCCGCUGCGCAACCUGGCUUCGGAGCUUCAAACCCUCUCCCGCGCUCAUUACACGUAUGGAGAGGUGGAGGAGCUCCGCCGGGUGCUGGCAGCCUUCCAGAAGCCGCUACAGCCUCCGCCGCCGCCGCCUCCGUCAGCCCGUGCUGCCUGUGAUCUCUUGGCGGGGUUGCUGUUUCAGCCGGGAAGCCGACCUCUCCAUCGGGCUGUGCUUGGAGCAACGAAGAGGCUGACGACAGAGCAACUAGGUAUGUACGGCAGCGGGUCCGCAUGUACGGCAGUGCUGUUGAAUGCAACGGUGUUUUUCUCCAAAUACGGCAGUCGGCCUGUAUCGCAAUGGUUCGCAAUUGCGUUCUGUACGGCAGCCGCUACAGCCGCCCCAACGGCGGCCCGCAACAGUGGCCCGACGGCAUCUGGCCCGUCGGCGGCGGCUGAGGCCCCGUGCAGUGUCCCCUUAGGGGAGGUCCUGGCGUCGCUGCUAUGGCUGCCAGCGUCGUACGACUGGAUAUGGCCCAUCGCGGCGGCGGUGGUGUGGCAGUUGGCGGCGGGUGUGGACGGCGUGCUGGCGGCGGCGGACCGCGGCGCGCUGCACAUUGCUCCAGGUCUCAUGGAAGAAGUCCUGGAUGCCGUGGGGGCCCUCUACUACCUGCUACAGCAUCACGGGCCGCACUUGGUGGCGAUGGAGCGGGAAGGUGGUGGGAUGCGCCUGGAGGGGGCGGGGAAUGCGGGGGAAGGGGAGGGGAAGGAGGACGACGCAGCCGUGGGUGUGGUUUCGGCGCCGCAUCGCGGCGGGCGUGAGGCUGUGGUGCUUGCCGGUACGGCCAUGCUUCGAGCCUUGCAGGCGAGUGUUGUCGUACAGUGGGGGGAGGGCCGGGCGCUGGUGCGAGAGGCCCUCGCCUCUGCGGCUGUCGUACUGUGGGCAGCCUCCCUGCUACCGGGCGUUCCGCCAGCCGCCGCCGCCGCCGCCUUCGGCCAGGGGCUCUUCUUCGGCGGCAGCGCCACUGGAUCCGUGCUGAUGUACGACGCCAUCGUCGGCGGCGGCGCCGCCGCCGCCGCCGCGGUCAGUAUUACUUCUACGUCCGCGUCGCCGCUUGCCCCGGGCGAUGCUCCACUGGGGAGCUGGCUUGAUGACUGGCUCCGGAACCAGCGCGGGAGCAGCCUGGUUUCGGAGCUUCGGCGCUUCUCGCCCAUUGGCCGAAUCUGCUCGCUCAAGGGCCUCGUCACGGCCAUGCCCAAGCCCCAACGGCCCGCUGCAACAGGGCCGGUGACGGAGCUGGGGGCGGCGGCGGCGGCGGCGGCGGUGACCUUCCGGCCAUGGCACUUCCUCGUCGACGGCGCGCUGUCGUACGGCUGCUCGUCCAUCCGCGACGCUCCAGAUGCUCAUUUCAAGUUCCACGCCGCGUGUGUGCUGUGUUUUUGCGUCUCCAAGGUACUCGACUCCUGGCAGCAGUUCCAACAGCUACAACAGCAACAGCAGCAGCAGCAGGAACAAGAACAACAAGAACAAGAGCAGCAGCAACAGCAGCAGCAGCAACAGGAACGUCAUGCAGACGAUGAACCUCCAAACCAAGAACCCAUCAAUGCGGGGUCUGGGGAAGUGGCGGCGGAGGAGGCUGGCGUGCCGUUGAAGGCGGCGGCGGGUACGGCGCCGCUACAGCCGGCGCUGCUACACACCGAAUCGCUAAACCAACUCAUGGGCCUUAUGUGGGCCAACCUAGACGAGCCGCUGGCACAGACCGCUCGGCAGCUCCAAGAUGCCUUCCAGCUGCUGCUCGAAGUUCUGUCGUGUCAGGACCACUACCGGCCCGGAGUGCUGCCACCCCUGGAUCUAUUUCGGCGCCAAGUCGUUGGACAGUUGCUCGCGGUGCCGUACAACCGCAAGGGUCGUUACGCGCCGCUGGGGUGCAUGGCGGAGCGCGGCUGCGCGCUGGGGAUGCUCCGAGACCACCCGUCCUUGAUUCCGGAGGCGCUGAUGGCAAUGGAGAGCGACACAACCGCCAGCGCGGCGUCGUCAUUCCUGAAGACCCUGCUGGCGGCGGCACGUACGGAAACCAGCAUGAACCCGCAGCUGGCGGCGGAAGCCGCCGCCGCCGCCGCCGGCGGCAGCAGCAGCGGCAGAAACACCCCCUCCGGGGACACCUCCUCCGGCACACCUCACCUCGGCGGCGGCGGCGGCGCCGGCAUCUCCGCAUCUUCCUUAUGGGUCGAGCUCUGGCGCGGCGCGCUACUGCGUGUGCUGUACGGCGCAAAUGAAAAGCUUCGCGCGUACGUUUCCGUACAUGCGCUGCCUGUCGUACUGGGCCUGGAGCCCUCGUCGGCGUUGGAGCUCAUCCGCGUGACGCUCUCCGACCCGGCUCCGGAACCAGUCCCGGGAACUUCAAGGGUGGCGGCGCUGGUGGCCGCCGCCCGUGGCAUGGGCCUUAUCGCCGACUUGGACUCGCUGCUAGGCGUGUCGGGUUUGGGAACUGCCGGCAGCGCCCCCUCCCCCGCCUCCCCCUCCCCCGCCUCCCCCCCGUUACCCCGGCUACACCUCGAGCCGCUGCUGAUGGCGGCGGUAGACCACGUCAGUGAGGCAGUGAGGCUGGAUGCCCUGGAGCUGGCCUGUGUGAGCUUCAAAAUGAGCGACCCGCCGGGCCGUCUGGAGCUCGCCAUCGCGGGUCGCUGGUCGAGUCUGUGUAUGCGCAGUACGGCACAGGGCUCCCGGAACAAGUGUCUGGUGCUGGUCACCAAGCUCGUUGCGAGGAUACGACUGGCCGUGGCGCACAUACACAACAAGAUGUGCAGUCGAGGCGGCCCCGCUCACCCCGCCAGCUCCAAGGGCAAGGGAGUGCAGGUGCUCUUCUGCCCGGGGGCCGCAGCUGUAGCCACACAUGGAGCCGGUUCUGCGGCCGAGGCGGCGGCGGAUGGUUCGUCCAGGACGAUGGCGGCGACGGCGACGACUGACCCGCGGGUCACUGACCCGACGGCGGUUCUGGAGCGCCUGCAGGCUUUCAUGCAGUGGCUCACUCGGCUGCUCAUUUCGGGGUUGUAUCCUGGAUCGCCGUACGAGCGGCGCUUUUUCUCACUGGAGUUGCUGAGUGCCGUACUGGAGGCGUGGGGCCCCGACGGCUCGGGAUCCAGCGCCGCGGCUUCCGGCGGCGGCGGCGGCAAGGGCGCUGCUGCCGAGCAGCAGCAGCAGCAGCAGCGGCACCGUCAGGGUACGAGUGGCGGUCGAAUGGCGGAGAGUACGGCGCUGACGUUGCUGCCCAAGGGCUACGUACUCGGCUCGUUCUCCUCCUCGUCGUCGUCAUCAUCAGGGGCGGGUGGCAACGGCGGCGGCGGGCCCCGAUCAGGACGUGGCGCUGGGGCUGGGGCUGGGGCUGGUACGGCAACGGUGGCGGCGCCGCCACCCUUCAGGCCGUACUGCCCAGAGCUUCUCUCUUCCAACACGGUGGCUUUGCUGCUGGCGGCCGCAGUUGACAGUUGGGACAAGUUACGGCAGGCCGCCAGCAGCUGCCUCAUGCGGCUGCCCACACCCCUCCCUGGACUAUCGUCUGUCGCCCAGCUCACCCCGCUACUGGCCUGGGCGGCUGGACUGCUGAACAGCCCGCGGGCUAGGGAGAGUGAUGCUGGUGCGCGACUCAUCAAGAUCUUGUACGGCAAGUACGUCGCCGGCUGCGGAUGGCGGCUACAGCUCCACCCCAAGCCACGAGCACUCCCGCCGCCACCACCACCCGCCGCUACAGCCCAGCACCCCCAACACUACAACCCCCACCCCGACCGGGGGUCUGUACCCGUUAUUGCGGACCCGCAGCCGUACGCUGCCGUACUGGAUUUCCUGGAUGCCGUACUAGACCUGGUCAACUCUCAGGUGGCGGCGGCGCGUGAGGACCUGGCGGCGGCGUGUCGCCGCUCCCUUGCCCACGGGCCGCUGCUGCUGUUGCGCUAUGUUGUGGAGGAUGUGCCCUGGGGGGCGGUGUGUGCUUCCCCGGCGGGGCUGGCGGCGGCGGCGGGCUGGGCAGCAAAGGCGCUGGCGGCGGCGGAGGAGCUGGUGGGCCUGGCACUGCCCGUCCUGUCACGACCGCAGGAGCGCAAUGUCGGCGCCGAGGAGGUGGAUACGACCAUGAUGGCGGCGCGGGAGGAGGAGGGGGAGGACGAGGGGGGUAGCGGCGACGAUGGCGAUGCUGGGGAGGGUGAGGAGGGUGACGAUGGUGACCUUGGUCCCGAGUCCCAGGUCAUCAUAACGGCUUGCUGGACAACCGUCAAGGAGGUCUCCCUAGUGCUGGCCACCAUGGUGCGACACAUGCCCCUACCCACAUCCGCAUCCGCAAACACUACGACGGCUGCCACCAGCACAACCUCUGCUGCUGCUGCCGCCAGCACCAGCACCAGUAGCAUCAUCGCCAACAACACCACUGCCUCCAACAGCAGCAGUAGAAGCAGUAGCAGUAUAUUGAGUUGUGAUCAGCUUCGACAGGUGGGUGAGCUGCUGCUGCGACUGCUAUUCGAAAUGAAACACAAUGGCGCGGUAGACAAGACGGCGCUGGCGCUGACGGCGGUUUCGGAGCGGCUCCUGCGGGGCUCGGCUUCGGAGCUGAAUGGACUGCCCAGGCCGUGGCUGGAGGCUUGUAUCCGCCGCGUGCUGGCACCCAACCAAACUCGGGACGACAUUGUCCGUCGAUCCGCCGGACUGCCAUUUGCCUUCGGAGCGCUCUUUCACGCCGAGCCCGGCAACGCCCCGAAGACGCUGCUGGCCAGGGGGAUGAACGCGCUGCUGGCGGUAGCGGCCGCUGCCUCCACGGCGGGGCCGUACUUGUCGUACUUGGCGGCGGCGGAGACGACGGAGGACGGGGAACGGGUGGUGGUGGUUGACGGUUAUGAAGUACGGCAGGUGUGGCCAGUGGUCCAUGCCUUUAACUGUUUGCGACACGCCUUCAACGACGGGAACUUGUCCGUGGACACGUCGGGAUAUUUCGCACCUGCUAUACAGGCCUGCCUCCGCGCGCUCCGUUCCCCCGCCUGGGAAAUCCGCAACAGCGCCAUGCUGUGCUUCACCGCCCUCACGGCCCGAGUGUUGGGCUUCAAAAACGACAGUCACGGAGAGUCGUGCAGAAAAGCGGUUUCAGGCACAGAGUUCUUUCAGCGCUACCCAGCGCUACACGGCUUCUUACUGGCGCAGCUGCGAGAGGCCGCCACGGAGCUGGAAGAAGCGGCGGCGGCGGCGGCGGUGGCCGCUGGCGGCGCCUCCGCCUCCUUCGCACCCGCCAACCCCCAUCCCGGCUUGUAUCCCGUGCUCAUCAUCUUGUCACGUCUGAAGCCCUCUCACAUCCGUAAUGAUGGUGGGUCCUACUCAACACCUCUGAAGCAACAGCAACAGGAGGAGGAAGGGGAGCGGCAAGAGGAGGAUCAAUCUGGAGGAGGCGCCCCGGCGGCGGCGGCGGCGGCGGCCCCGGUCGGCGCCGCCUCUGCCGUCACGACAUACAUGGGCGCGCUCACACCCGUUGCCUUCACCCCGCUGGUACGGCGGUGCGCGACGGCGGCGCCGUACGCUGUACGGCGCUUGGCGGCCCGGGCGUUGGGACCGCUGGUGGCGGCACAGGAUGUGCCAGCGCUGCUGCAGCAGCUCCUGGAGAGCAUCCCGGCGGAGCCGUCUAGCGGAGGCGGAGCCGCCGCCGCCGCUGCCGCCGUCGGGUCCGUCCGCACAGUCGUCGGCAGUACGAACGCCAACGCUCUCCAUGGGGCGCUGCUACAGUCGGCGGCGCUGCUGGAAACGGCGGCGGCGGCCCGACCCGGCGGCGGCGGCGCCAACCCUAGCGUGACAAUCAACGCUGACGGCGGCCACGGCGGAAGCGGUGUCGAAGGAGUUGAUGUAUUGACGGUAGCGCUGCCGCACCUGGCGCGCGGCGCAUGGCUGGCCGACCCGCGGGUCGGUUGCAGCGCGCUGGGCUGUGGGCUGCUGCAGGCCGCGUCAGCAGCUCUGAGUCUGCUGCCGCCGGAGCGCUGCAACGAGUUCCGGGCCGAGGUGGCGGCGCUGGCGGCGGCUUGCCGCGCGGCGGUGGGCUUUGAGCCGCCGGCGGUGCGGAGGCAGCGGCAGAUGGGUGGCGCCGCUGCCGCCGCCGCCGCUGCCGCUGCCGCCGGCGGCGUCAACGUGUUUGUGACUGAUUAUCCUGAUCCGAUGCGUAGUCAGCUUUUGAAGCAGACGGCGCAGUUGUGGUUGGGGCCGGUGUUGCUGUGCCAGGCGUUCAGGUCAAGCUCGCCCGCUGGCUUUUUCUUGGAGGGCUUGCUGCAUCAGCUUCGCUGCUGCCUCGCGUCGUACUCGUACGACACCCGUGCAGCGGCACUCAAGAGUCUGGUGCGCGUCCUGGCGGCAAUCAACAGCGGCGCCGUCGCGUUGGCGUCGUCGUCGUCGUCUUCGUUGUCAUCGCCGUCGUCGUCAAGCCGUAGUACGGGUGGAACUUCGGCGGAGGCAGCAGCCGCCGCCGCUGCGGCGGAGGCUACCAGCAGGGGCAUUGCCGCCGCCGCCGCCGACGCCGACGCCGGCGGUAAGCUGCCGCGCAUCGUGGCGGAUCUGCUCGCUCGUCCUGUGCUGACGCGACGGUUAAUUUCGGAAGGCAUGGCGUUGCUAUGGGAGGCUGUGGCUUCGGAGCCCGUACAUAAAGUCGUACGACGGGCUCUCAAAGCCCUCGGCUUGCUUCACUCGCUCUCCAUUGCCCUCACAGCCGCCACCGACGCCUCUACCACUAGCACCGGCACCUCAGAUCUCCGCACUGAAGAUGGACCCACCAUCACACCCGCCGGCGCUGCGGUGACGGCGGCAGCGGCGGCGGAGGCUGCUGCGGCGAGGGGCUCGUUGGGCUGGUCGCUGCAACACCCUCUGGGCUGCCUUUGCUGCAGCACUGACCCACGGGUCAUAGCCUCUUCAUCCACCAUGGCGGCCGGCGGCGGCCUGCGCGCCGCCCUGACCCACGUGACCCUCGUGCAGCGGUUGCUGACGGAGGGCUGUAAGGAGCUGGAGGCGCGCUGCGAGGCGCUGCGGUGCCUGGGCCGUGCGCUGGGCAGUGCGAUGCUGGCGGCGGCGGCGGCGGCGGAGCCGCCGCCAGCGCUUCAUGCGGCGUUGGAAGCCCUCCUGGAGCAGGUGGCUACGGGAUCGCAGCCCUGGCAACCGGAGGAUUGGCGGCUGGCGAGUGCGGAGGCUCUGGCGGCGUCGCGGCUUUUGCACUCCACCGCGGUGCGGCGACGACCCGUGGGUCGUGGUGGGUCCCCGCAUCUCCCGAGCAAGGUGCUGCGGCAAGGUCAGUUGUCCGCGGGGCAGCUGCCUCCGCAGCCACAACACGAGCAGGCGCCAGUCCAGGCGCAAGCGCAGGGCCGGAAGGCGGAGGCGGGUGGGGCGGUGGGGUCUUUGGAGCUCCUGGCCGUCCGCGGGUGGCGCUGCAUCGUCGCGUUUCUCGAGGACGAAGAUCACGCGGUGCGGUACACCGCAGCUAGACUGGCACAGGAGGUAAUGGAGCUCGCAGGGCCACUCGACGUUACUAAGUACGACACAUCAUCUCAGCUGUCGGCGGGACAUGAUCCAUCAUCGUCGGGGCUUGGCAGUAGCGGCAGUGGCGACGACAAGAUAGCUGCCGGGGGAACGGCGGCGACAGUGUACGGCAGGCAACCUUUGUAUGUUGAAGCAGUCAUACGGAGAGUCUACCCGUGGUUGGCCGUACAGUACGGCAGCUGCGACAGCGUCGGCGGCGUGUCGACGCGCAGUGCACUCGUUGAUAUGCUAUGUGGUUUGGUGACGUCAGCUGGUAGUGGCUGCGGCGGCGGGGCCGGCGAAGACGCGGACGGCUCCGGAGCUGCCGUACCCGAAGUGGUAGCCGCCAUGACCGGCUCCUCUUCGGCGGCGGCGGCUGCUGCGCCGGUGAGCUGGGGGAGUUGCCAAGCGCGCCGUCUCUUCGACAAGGAAGCCGACAAUCCCCAUGAGGAGCCCCUGCUGACCGCACAUCUGGCGGCACGCACGCUGAGGAUGCUGAUGGCGGCGCCGCCGCCGCCGCCGCUACCGUUGACAGGCGACGGCAGCGAUGCAAUAGCGUCAGCGCCGAUGACGCCACUGGCGUCUGCUGCCAGUUUGACUCCGCUCGGGGCGGCACGUCUUGCCAGGUGGGCAGCAAUGGCUGUACGGCAACUUGGCGCCGUCGCAGCGGCGAUGGUUCCGGCGGGUCGCGCCGCCGCGAGUGCUGCCGCUGAUGAGGAAGCAGGGAGCGGCGCCAGCAACGGUAAUGGCGAGGACGUUAGCGGCGUCAACGGUCCGACAUCUGAUGGUUGGCUGGGUGGCUUCAUCAACCACCCCGAGGUGUUCGCCUCCGCGUGUGAGGCCCUUCUGGCUUUGUGGACGUUAGGACCUGUACGACAACACGUGCUGGCGGUUAACGGCGGCAGUGCUGAUGCACUGGAGAGCGCUCUGCGCGCUUUGCGAGAUCGAGAUGAUGUCCGGAAGUCACAGCUAGCGCCGUUGUUGCUGGCGGUUGAGUUUGAGUGGGUUGGAACAGUGGGGUUAGGUGGCCAACCAUUUUUUGACGUGGCAGGCCAGGGAGCAGGCGGGGAGAACCCUAAAGAGGGCCUUUCGCGAGGAAAGGAGGCGGCAGAAGUCCUUCAGAUGAUUGAUUAUAAUAAAAAUAAUUUGCUCUUUCUGUUUUAG